CACGUUUCAGUAUAACUCAUUUUUCUCGUAUUGAGAUAUAGAAUUUUUCAAAAUGUAUUAAGUUUUUUUUAUAAUUUUUAUAGUAAAUUAAAUUUGAAUAAUUUCUAGAUACUUUUAUUAAACUAAAAUGAACCCAGAUGACGUUAAUAUUUAUUUCAUUAUACCAAGAGAUUAUGUUGACGAAAGUGAUUGCGAUGAUGGAAUGAAAGGCACAUUCGAUUUGUGUCGAAGCCACGUUAAAAAAUGUUCAUGGAUUCGGGAACAAAAUUGGAAACAAAUAUCCAAAACAAAACAAGAUGUUGUGGUUUUUCAAGAAUUUGAAGGAGAUGUUUUUAAGACUUUAGUCGAAGAAAAGUGUUUCAGAAUUCUGGGAUAUCGAUGUUUAAAAACAUGUUUACUUGAAAAAAUACCAAUACCAAAUUGUCCAACACCUGUGUACACCAUUUCAAUGACCAACAUGAUUGUUUGUUGCUCUGGAAUUCCUCCUGCCGAAAAGAAAAAUUUACAACUUAAAAUUGGAUACAUGGGUGGUCUAUAUUCUCCAAGUUUCACAAAGCAGACUACACACUUAGUUACUGAUUGCGUAAAUUCAGUUAAAUAUGCUUGGGCUGUUGAAUUAAAAAUUCCUGUUUAUUUGAGUUCAUGGGUGGACGCUGUAUGGGAGGAAAAUUUGUCUAAUACGAUGUUUGCUGAUGACCCCAUUUUUGAUAAACAUAAAUGCCCUCCAUUUUAUAAAUUAAAUGUCACUAGCACUGGCUUAAGUAAAAAAGAACGAGAUAGUAUCACCACUUUAAUCAAUAAUAAUGGUGGGAGUUAUUCUGGAAAAUUUCAAUCGGAAUUCACAAAAGUUUUAAUCUGUCGGAAAGGCGCAGCGAGCGAAAAAUAUUAUGCUGCAAAAAAAAGUAAAAUCGAUUGUUGUACAAUGGAUUGGGUUUCAGACAGCGCAAAACUUGGGUAUGCUCUACCUUUUGAUAAAUACCGUAUUAUGGAUAAAGAUUUUGCUUCGUCAACGUUAAAUAAUCCAAACGAAACUGUUGGUCUAAAUUUUUCAAUGGCCAGUACUAUACAAGGUGACUCUCGAGACAUAUCAGAAUCGAGACUAAUGAAUUCUUCUACCAUUUCAUCCAUACUACCGUUUAAAGGCACACCUAAAACAGGUAACAACGAAGACAAUACUCACACAAAAGUAGAUAGUAUAAUGCAAAAUCUUCCAGAAUUGAGAGAAAUUAAGAAAAUCGGCCCGUUUUUAGAUGGAUGUUGUGUAUAUUUGGCUGGGUUUCCUGUUGAACAACGUGAAAAACUAUGUAAAAUCUUAAAUUUAGGUGGGGCUAUUCGUUAUGAUACAAUUUCUGGACACGUAACUCAUUUAAUUGCUCAAGAUUAUAGCACAUCUGAAAUUGAAAAAUUUCACGAAGAAGGCCAUAGUCCAAUAGCAUUAUCUUUGGAAUGGAUUAUUGAAAGUAUAAAAUUAAAAUGUCCAGCACCUGAAGAACCCUACAAAUUAAAUCCAACUAAAUCUAAAAAUACUGAUUCAAUGUUAUCACCCAGUUCACCGUUAAGUAAAAAGGGCGUUCAAAUGUUGCGCACAAAUAGUUCUGCUAGCAUAUCCAAAAACAACGAUUCCGUUGAUAAAGAAGAUGAAAUGUUAACGACAGGAAAAGAGAAUCCUGUUUUUGGAACAGAAAACGAAAAUGAUUUUAUGAAAGAAUAUUUUCAAAAGAGACAUUCAGGUGAACCAGAUACUUUGGACCAAUUCUUAGCGGGAGGAAAUCUUACUGAAGCUGAACAAGCAAAAACAUUAAAAAAUAAUGAAUCUGACACAAUUGUUAAGGAUAAUUUACCAUUGCCUCGACAAAGUCAUAUAGAACAAGUUGCUCCUUUGCCUGUUGAUGAUUCAACUUCACAUAUUACAGAUGUUACAGGAUCUUCUGAUAUAUUUGAAGGUAUUAAAUUUUCCAUAGUGGAUUGGGAUGAAACGUCAGAAGAACAAAUUGCAGAAAUAAUAACAAACUGUGGUGGUGAAGUUGUUAAAAAUAGUCGUGAUAAAGUUGAUUAUGCUAUUGUACCUCUUGAAGGAGUUGAAUGCGAACUGAAUGCUAGAGAAAUUGUUACAAAUUUAUGGGUGGAAGAAUGUUUUAAUGAUAAUAAAUUAUAUCCUGUUAAAUAUUAUCAUAAACCUGUUACUUUAUCAAAAGAAGAUGCAGCACCUUUAAAAGGUUGCGUUAUCACUUUAAGUUCGUAUAAAAAUUAUGAACGGUCUUUUAUAAUUUGGCUUAUACAGUACCUGGGUGCAAGUGCAGAAGAAAUGUUGUCAAAAAAAGAUAAUAAAAAAGGUGUGCCAGCAUCGACACAUUUGAUUUGUCCUGCUCCAAUGGGAAGUAAAUAUACGGCUGCAGUUAGAUGGGGUCUUUAUACUGUUACUGAAGAUUGGCUACUUGCCUGUGCAGCUGAAUGUAAACAUAUUCCAGAAAAUUUAUAUACUGUUAAAGAAUCUCCCUUGAAAGACAACACGAAAACUGAUUCAGUAUCCAACGAAAAUAAUGCAUCAACAUCCAGACCAUCUAACAUUGUCAAUAAUCAGAAUAAUUCUACAAUCGUAGAAAAUAUUGAUGAAUUAAAUAAAGAUAAUGAGAGUAGUAACAAAACAAACGAACACAUAACUCCUAAAACCAGUAAAGUUAAUGAAAAGAAAAAACAUCCAUUGGACGAUUUCUUCAGUACGACAAGUACAAAAACUACUGAAAGUAAAAAUGAAACUCCAAAAAGAGUUUCUUCACCAUUACCAGUGGUCGAUUUAGAAGACACAAAUUUUUCUUUGCAAAAUACGUCAAAAAAUCAGUCCAUGAAUGCUAAUAAUAAAAGGACACCAAAAAGUGAUUCAUUCUUAUCGGAGAAACAAUCAUCUUCUGAUAGUCAAUUCACCCCAUUACAACAGCGAUUUAGUAAAUUAUUUCCAGAUACGAAAAAUAAUUCACCAUUUGUGGAACCAAAAUCUAAAACUCCAAUUCAUCUUAACAAACUAACAAAUAUAAAUAGUCCAAUCGGUCUUAGUCAACCAAUGACACCAGUCGCUAAAUUUUUUGAAAAUUUAGGAUUACCAAAAAAUAGUACACCGGAUAACUCACCAUUACCAUUAACACCUUCACACGUUGUCACACCAGAAACACCACUUGGACGAUGCUUUGGAAAUCCAAAUCCUUCACCUGAAACUAGAAAAUAUUGGGCUAAACGUAUUAAUGCUUUACCUAGUUAUCAUCAUACACCACCAUCGAAAAGACCAAGACUUAAUUCAACACCGUUAUCGGAGUUAAAAGAAAGACUGUGGAGGAAAAUUUUACCAGCUGAUUAUGAAGAAAAUAUUGAAACUGGUAAAACAGAGGAUGCACAACAAGAAAAUUGCAGUCCUGUGGAAAAGGUGUUAACACCGACAAAAAAUCCACUUGUUAGUGCACAAGUUCAACAGUUGAAAGUUAUGCUUCAAAGACGAGCCAGUGAAGAAGGUUUACGACGCUCAUUAGUCAGAACAGAAGAACGACAAUGUGAAAAUGAAGAACCCACUCUUACAAGAAUGCCUGUUGAAUCACAAAGUGAAACAAUUGGCUGGGAAGAUCCCUUAGAAGCAGAUAAUCAUGAAAACUUAUCACCAUCUGUACAUAAACCAGAAUCCUCGUUUAUCUUACCACGACGGUUUAUGUUAUCCCAAAUUCCAACCACUGAUAGACAGAAAUAUAUUGAAUUAAUAGAAUCGGUUGGAGGAAUAAUUUCUGAUCAAAUCACGUUAUUCGAUGAAGCAUCAACACAUUUAAUAUGUCCAACUUUAUCACGAAAUGAAAAAAUGUUAGCAAGUGUUGCUGCUGGAAAAUGGGUAUUACAUACUUCUUAUUUAGAAGAUUCAGCGAAAGCAGGCCAUUUUUUAAAUGAAGAAUUGUAUGAAUACGGCAAUCCAUUAGCAACAUCGUUAACAGAUAUACCCAAUCCACAAAUUGCGGCUGCCGUAUUUAGAUGGCGGACAAAAAUAAGUGAGACUAAACAAAGAGCAUACCAUGGAAUGCGAGCAAUUAUUUUUGUUAAAUCAAGAAAAGAUCAAUUAAUACGACUGAUUGAAGCGGGUGGUGGAACUGUUAUAAAUGACGUAUCCUGUGAUGAAGAUUUAGAUGACGCUACUCAUUGUUUUGUUGAUCCAAAACAACUCAAUGAUUUUCCCCAAACUAAAUUUUUAGCAUCGAAGGGUGUUUUCUGUUUGCCUCCAAUAUAUUUAAGUAAUGUUUUAAUCUCAGAUCCUCCAUUAAACCCUAAAGAUUGUAUUAUACCAAAUCUGUUAUCGUAUUACAAAUAGUUAUAUUGAAAAUUGGGUAAAUGUCUAGAAGCUGGGCUUCAAUCUCAUUUUUUAAUGCAUUCUUUUAGAAGUGCUAUUUUAGCAGUUUAAAAAUAACAGAUAAAAAUGUUUAUUUUUUAAUUACGAUAAUUAAAAUUAAGUAUAAUUUCAAGUUAUUAUUAUUAGCCCGCAAAAAUUAUUGAUGUCGGCGGCCUUUCUAACUUCAUUUUUAUCAGAUACAAUUAUUUUUCCAUUUGUUAUUCAAUUGUAUU